AUGCUGGACACACCCACUGUGUUGAUACUCCUGCUCGGCGUGUCUGUUGCUUACCUGAUUCAGCACUUGGCUCGCUCGAAUAGGACAGGUCGCCCACUGCCUCCAGGUCCCAAAGGAUUACCACUUCUCGGCAAUGUCAAUGACCUACCAAAACCUGGUAUGCUCGAAUGCCACCACUGGCUAGAGCAUAAGGAACUCUAUGGAGAGAUCAGUUCCAUAACAGUUCUUGGUCAGACUUUCAUCAUCAUCAAUGAUGCUCAGCUUGCGCUGGAGCUCCUCAGGGAUAGGCCACAAGCCCAUGCUGCUCGCCCACACAUGGUGUUCAGCAGUGACAUGAUUGGGUGGAACAAUACCCUUGCUAUGAGCCAGUACACGGAUGUUUUCAAGAAGCAUCGAUCAAAUAUCGCAAAGGUUGCUGGUAGCACCACCUCCCUCAACGUAUUCAACCGCGUUCAGGAAGAGGAGUCUGUCCAUUUCCUUCUCAAUGUCCUCGAGUCUCCCGAGAAGUUGUUUGACCACAUCAAGAAGGAAGCUGGCGCCGUCAUCUUGAAGAUCACCUAUGGCUACACUGCCGAGCCCAAGGGUAAAGACAUUCUCGUCGACAUGGCUGGCCAGACCAUGCACGAAUUCUCCGAGUCUACCAUUCCUGGAAAAUGGCCUGUAGACGUCAUGCCCUUCUUGCGAUACCUCCCGGAGUGGAUGCCUGGUACAGCUUUCAAGAAGACUGCUCGUGAUAUGGCUGCUCAAUUGCAGGAGACCACCGAACGACCAUACGCUUUCGUCAAGCAGCAGAUGCGUGAAAAGAAGCACAAGACAUCCUUCCUAUCUCAAGCACUUGAGGAACUCGGCUCUGAUCCCGACAUGGAGCGUAUCCACAAAUGGUCUGCCUCGUCAAUGUACCUCGGUGGCGCCGACACCACCGUAUCAGCUCUGAUGACCUUCUUCCUCGCCAUGACUCUCUUCCCCGACGUCCAGAAGAAAGCUCAAGAGGAGCUCGACAGUGUCCUCGGCAGCGAUCUAGCCGCCAGUGGCGAUCGUGACAAGCUACCAUAUCUCUGGGCGGUUGUUCUGGAGACACACCGAUGGCAUCCGGUCGCGCCUAUGGGACUUCCUCACGCCGCCACCAAGGAAGACAUGAUCCGCGGCUACAGAAUCCCCAAGGGCGCAUUGCUGCUACCGAACAACUGGUGGUUCACCCACGACCCUGCCGUAUACCCCGACCCCAUGGAAUUCCGCCCCGAACGAUUCAUCGAAACACCUACACAUAAGGCCGAGCCUGACCCACGCACCUGGACGUUCGGAUACGGACGUCGUGUGUGCCCUGGACGCUACGUUGCCGACAACGCGCUGUUCCUUACCAUUGCACAGUCAUUGGCCGUCUUCAAGAUCGAGCCAUUGGUUGAGAACGGCAAGGUGGUGAUGCCCGAGGUCAAGUUUGAGCCUGGAGUUGUAAGCCAUCCCGUUCCGUACAGGACGAGCAUCACGCCGAGGAGCGAGGAGCACAAGCAGCGUAUUGUGGAGGCAGAGAAGGAAUACCCUUGGGAAGAGAGCGAUGCGAAAGCUUUGAAGAGUUUGAAAUGGUAGACUUGCGAAAGCAUGCCGGUUAUCCAUAGAUGAAACUAUAGCUCCUUCAACGAAGCAUUUUGUGUAUGAG